AUGGUACAAUCUUUGCCUGAAGACAUCUUCUACCUGGUUUGCGACGAACUCUUGGAACAGCGAGACUUCGGCACUCUAUUCUGCUGUUGCACAACGGGGAAAAUACUAGCUCUUCCAGCUUUGACGGCUCUGUACCGGGCACAGCAUCUGUCAUCAGUCAAGUCAGAUAGCAGCGAAGAAGCAGCCUCUCUAGCAGAACAAGAACGCGUCGUUCAGAAAUCUUCUAUCUUGUGGAGGACUAUUAUUAGGUCGGCCCUUGGGAAAACCAUCUUUCCAUACUGUAAAUACAUCAAGGCGCUUGAUUUAGACGAUUUUAGACAUCUCCUCGAGGACGACUGCUUCAGAGGGAAGAUUGCUAGCAAUUUCUUCCUAAAGGAAUUAAAAGACUUCCACUAUACACUCGAAACAACAGCCAAGUGGAAGUCUAGGGCCCUCCGUCUAAACAUAUCGAAAAUUGUCGAAGCAGUAGGCGAUCUGCUCGUCUCCCACGCUCCCCUGCUUGAUACAGUAACAGGACAGAUCUCCGAUAGUGCUCUAGUGCGUUGGAUACCCAAGUUGCAGAAUUUGCAAUUCCUUAAGCUUUGGGAUGGCCGAGCGCUUAGCGACGACAGAACACCGUACUUAUUGCACAGGCACUGCUCUAAAUUAGAAGCACUUGCAUUCUACACAUGCCGCAUAGACCUUGGAGCAGAAAGCCUUCUGGCGCUAAAUUGCCAUGGGAAAUCUCUUUCAAAUCUCGAGCUUCAGCUGAACAAUGAUGCCAUUCCGUACAUGGGCUACCUGAAGGGUUGCACUUCACUUGAAUCACUGAAGCUCACAGACAUUGACAAGACAAUUGAUCUAGAGAAAACACAAAACGAUGUCUUCUUAGAAGUCGUUUCGUGGCUCACCAAAUCACACAGAUUGAACUCGCUCGUUUUGAACGGUUUCAGAUCCGGGGCUGCACUUGCCACGCCAGUUCUUCUCGAAGAAAGUAUCCGCCUCGAAUACCUAGAAGUUGACAACUAUGCACAAGCAGACCAAAAUCAACUCCACCAAGCCUUGGAGAAUCAGCCCAGCAUCCAGAGGCUGACACUUGACAGUGAACCGGUUGAGUUUCGCGAUGAUCUCGACUUGCUAAUCUAUUCCUUGUGUCAACUAAAGGAACUCCGCGCCUUAAAGCUUAUCGGUGUCUCUGCAAUGUUCAAUGACAAUCAUAUCAGCGCCUUGUGCGAACAGCUCGAACUGCUUGAAGAUUUCUACGUGGGGGGGCUGCAGCUUACAGACGCAAGCCUUGAUAGUAUUGUUCAUCUUCGCAACCUUCGCAGCAUUGCGUUCUCUGGCAUUACUACUUUCACUAUGGGAGGCCUAUUGAAUUUCGUUUCAAGACUUGGCCCAGGCAAUCGAGGCUUAGUCCUUGCUAUUGAUAACGCCGAUCCAGAACUUGGCCUAUCAGAAGAGGAACAGAUGUAUGUGCGAUCGCAAUUAUUAGGCCAGGUAGAUGGACGUUUAGAAUACACGUCUUUGAGAGGUAUUUAUCCUUUUCCACAACCGAACCAAGGCAAAGAGAAAGCUGACAAGGCAGAUCUUGAUAUCUCUGAGUUCGAAGGGGAGUCCGAUUGA